UCGACCUGAACGGGUCAGCCACAUCAAAGGAUCGAGGAGCGCUGCGUUAUCACUACAUCUCAGAUUCCAUCAUCAACAGACUGUCUGCAACAGGCUACAGGUGAAUCUACUGUACACUGCAGGACAGAGCUUGUCAUGAGGGCGGCGUGUGUGAUCAUCUUGGCCUCUCUGGCGGUGUUCAUGUCACCCGGGAUCCAGUGCCAGACUCUGCCGGGUGAGGGUGACCCGUCUCUGGGUGAGCUGUUCCAGCGCGCGGAGAGUCUGCUGCUCCGCUCCAUUCUCACACAGAUGGAGGACGAGAACAACGCCGAUGGAGAGCAGACGGAGUGGCUGGAGAAGAGACAGCACCCGGGCAAGCGGCAGCAUCCCGGGAAGCGGCUGUCUCUGGAGCAGGUGAUGCUGGAGGAGCCCACCGCGCAGAGCGAGCCGGCCAAACGCCAGCACCCCGGGAAACGCUACCUGAUGCUGCUCCACAAACGACAGCAUCCCGGCCGGCGCGAGCUGCAAGAGGCAGCGGGAGACUUUUCGGACCUAGCCAAACGCCAGCAUCCCGGGAAGAGACUGUGUGAGGACUGGGACGUGUCCGGCUGCGAUCAAGCCAGCGUCCUGCUCGAGCUUCUGGACAACGUGAACAAAAGUCGCGCAGAGGAGAAGAGACAGCAUCCCGGGAAGCGCUUUGAGCUGGAGGACGAUCUCACGGAGCAGGAGUCGCUGUAGGGAGCGACUGAAAGGCUUUACCGAGUUGUCCGAGUUGUUAAAACGGGCGUGUUCAUUGUUUUCCACAGCAUCCGAUUCAUGGAAAACGCGGUUACACUUUAUUGUAAGGUGUCUUUGUUACACUGUAGGCUA